CCUCAGAUGAGCGAUGACGUCACGACACUCCACAGAGAGACUGACGUUAUCAACAGACAAGGAUAAUGGAACAGAGAAAGAUUGUGCUUUUUGGGAAAACAGGAGACGGCAAAAGCAGUGCCGGGAAUACAAUUCUUGGAGAAAAGGUGUUCACCACUAAAGCUUCAGGUAGUUCUGUAACAGAUAAAUGUGUAAGAGCAGACGGGACGCUCGACGGAAGAAAGAUCACAGUGAUCGACACACCUGGAGUCUUUGACACAAAUCAUGAUGAUAUGGAGAUAAAAUCUGAGAUCCUCAAAGCUCUGAUUGACUGCGCUCCAGGCAUCGAUGCUUUUGCCAUGGUCCUAAAGGUUGGAAGAUACACAAGUCAAGAAAAGGAGGUGGUACAGAAAUUCCUUGACACAUUCAAAGAUGAACACGUCUUGAAACACACAGUGAUCUUAUUCACUUUUGGUGAUCAACUAGAAGACCAAACCAUUGAAGAAUUUGUAAAGACCAGUUCACCGCUACAGGAGCUUGUUGAUAAAUGUGGAGGUCACUGUCACGUCAUUGACAACAAAUACUGGAACAACUGUCAUUCAGCAGACAAGAGCAACAGAGUUCAGGUGAAAAAUCUGCUGGACACCAUCGACAAGAUGGUGAAAGAGAACGGCUGCUACAGCAAUGAGCUUCUUCAGAUGUUGGAGAGAGAAAUUCAAGAGGAAAUGAAAAUGAAUAAGAACUUGCCUCCAGAAGAGCAACGAGAAAGAGCAAAGAAAAUUGUUCAUGAAAAAAUUAUAGAGAAAAUUACAGGAGCAUUGACAGGGGUGAUGAUUGGUGCACUUCUGGGCGCAAGUGUUGCAUUAAUUUCAGUUGUGGCUAUAUUACAAGAAAUUUUUCCACUGUUAAGGUCCCAGGUAGCAGCUGCAGUUUUGGGUGCAGGAGUAGUGGCAGUUAAAACAGCAGCGGCAGGUGGAGCAGCAACAGCUGUCAAGGCUGCAGUCGCAGGAGGAGCAGCUGCAGUUGAAGCUGCAGUCGCAGGUGGAGCAGCAACAGCUGUCGAGGCUGUGGUUGCAGGAGGAGCAGCUGCAGUCGCAGGUGGAGCAGCAACAGCUGUCGAGGCUGCAGUCGCAGGAGGAGCAGCUGCAGUUGAAGCUGCAGUCGCAGGUGGAGCAGCAACAGCUGUCGAGGCUGUGGUUGCAGGAGGAGCAGCUGCAGUCGCAGGUGGAGCAACAACAGCUGUCGAGGCUGUGGUUGCAGGAGGAGCAGCUGCAGUCGCAGGUGGAGCAACAACAGCUGUCGAGGCUGUGGUUGCAGGAGGAGCAGCUGCAGUCGCAGGUGGAGCAACAACAGCUGUCGAGGCUGUGGUUGCAGGAGGAGCAGCUGCAGUUGAAGCUGCAGUCGCAGGUGGAGCAACAACAGCUGUCGAGGCUGCGGUCGCAGGAGGAGCAGCUGCAGUUGAAGCUGCAGUCGCAGGAGGUGCAGCAGAAACAGGAGCAGUGGCUGGAGGUGCAGGAGCAGCAGCGGGUGCAGGGGUUAGUGUAGGUACGAUCUCUGCAGGUGUUCUUGGAGUCGCAGCUGUUUUAGGAGCUGUUGGAGGAGGAAUCACUGGAUGGAAAGCGGCAGAAGAAGCUGAUUCAGUGCGUGACGCAAUGAACAAGGCAGCAAUGGCUAACUAUGAGAAUGCAAUAGCUGUGGUUGAGAAAAUACAAGAAUUUGUUACACUUACUUUAAAAAAUAAUGAUAAUAAAAAAACAUAAAUACAUGUUGAAAAUAGAUAUUUCACUGUAAAUUUGUAAUUCUUAAAGCCUGCAAACCGAUUGCCUUCAAAAAAAAAAGUAAAGUGGAAAAAAUAAAUAAAUAUAUAUAUAUAUAUAUAUAUAUAUAUAUAUAUUAGUAAUUUGUACCAAAUAAGGCUUAUUUAGUGUUGUUCACUUACACACAAGUUCUGAUCAGAAUUAGAAUUUUAACUAAGGAUUAAGUGCUAUAUAUUAUGUAUGUAUUUCAAACAACACAUUUAUUUAAGUUGAGUUAAAUAAUGUAACAUUUCUUGCAACUUGGUAUUUCUUAGUUGUAUAUACUUGAACAUCAAUAUAAUUUACUUGCUAAAACCAUGCAAACCAAUUGCCUUAAAAAACAAAUAAGUGUUACUCCAGUAACUUAAGUGCUUCAAACAUCCAUUAUACAUGAAUGAAAACAAUGUUCCAUUCAACACACAAACAAUUACACAUACAUUUAAGGUAGUGACACAGUUUAAAGUUAAAUGUAAUGUUUUUUUGUUUUUUUUUUCUUCUACAACUGCUGUUGCUAUUGUGGUUUACACCAACAAUGCUGUUUUAAUUUGUAUCAGAAACAUUUUGAAACAAAGCAAACCCAAUUUGAUUUAGGGUAUGCUUCUUGUAAACAGAGGAGGCGGCAGUAGGAUGAGCUUGAGUAUGGCACUGGGUUGGCCGCACAAGUUACCACUGGUUUAUAUAAUUAAAGUUCAAAAAGUCACUUUAGUUUUUUUUUUCUUUUUUUUCUGUUCCAAGUCAAGCAUCACACUUUGAAUUAACUUGAAAGUGUUUUUCAUGGCAUUAGGGUAAUCCAAAUGUAGGACAGUCUGGAAGCAAACGGUUGAGGUCUGUUCUUUGCAGUACUACCAUAAACAAUGAUGGCAAGGUAGAGAAAAAUUGAAGAAGUACAUCUUCAUCUAUGACAGUCAGCAACCCAACAGAUACUAGUGGCCAGACUGCAUCAACAUCAGACACCUGUAUAAAACCAAACAAAAACACUAUUAAUAGGGAAAUGUGGAUUAUGUGUCGUGCCUCCACUGCCAUGCCAUUGGGUUAGUCCACCCAAAAUGUAAAAUUUAUGACAUGAUUUACUCACUCAUGACUUUCACUCAUUUUCAGAACACAAAUGAAGACAUUUUCAAUGAAAUCUGAGAAAUUUCUGUCCUUCAAAUGAAUGUCUGUUCACCCAAAACCUUAGACAGCUGAUCAUAUAAAGUGAUCAUAUCUGUUUAGAAGACUUGAGCUGCUUUUCCACCGUCGGUCCAAACUAUUCUGGUUGCUUAACCAUUCCAUUCUGUGCCGAUUCGCCUCAGCCAAUACGGAUGUGGUUACAUUUUUCACUGUUGGGCUGAUAACAGAGUCCUUUGGAAGGCAACACAAAUGUGUCAGUCGUUGCCUUGGUAAUGCAAGAGUUUAGAUACAGUACAAUAUGUAAAUAGUGACAGUGUUAUGAAGGAUGGGGUAUUUCUUUUAAUUUUACUAGUAACUUGUGUUUACUUCACUUAAAUAGCAGCAGAGAAACUGGUGGCCAGGGAACAGACAGAUGAAAAAUCAGGUAUUUUACAGCAUGGUUCAGUCUGUUUGGCUAAGAAUUCAAGACCAAGAAUUGUUUUGUAAUCAGACCAUGCCUAACCAAGUUCAAGUGGAAAUAUAACUAGACCUGCUCCUUACCAUUCUUAGAACCGUUUGGCCAAACAGUGGAAAAGCGCCUUUGGAUUAAACCGCUCCAUUCAUAUGCAUUUGUUUUAUGAUUUCUUUAGGAACAUUUUGAAGUGUCCGAUUUACAGACUUUCAAAAGAGGAAAAUAAAUCUCUCUCUCUCACUUUUAAAAACAGCUUCAUUGGUGUUAUUAAGAUGAACAAAGGUUUUAUGGGUUUGGAAUGAUAUGACAUGAAGGAGGUAAAAUGGCAGAAUUUUCAUUUAUGGGUGAACUAGGUAUAUAAUCAACAUUAAUCUUUAUACAAGUAUCUCAGUAAUAUACCCACAAUUAUGUGCUUCUGUAAGGUGUAACUAUGAGAACAAAGCAGGUUAGUUUCAGAAGUAUCUGGGGUAAUGACAAAGUAAAACAGGUAGGCUUCAGAUGGGUGUGUUGUAUGCCUUAAAACAAUACUCAUGUAACAGUAUGUAGGCCUGUAUAUAUUUUUUUCUACAUCUUGUAUCGUGUGUGUUAUAUGCUGCACAGUGUUCAGUUCAAAAUAUGAAAAUAAAUUCUACCAUUUUUGUGACUGCAUGCCACUGAUAUUUCAGAAUGACAGAAUGAAUUGUCUUUACAUUUUAUUUGGCCAAUAUUUUCAAAUACUAUAAAAAAAGAUAAAUAGGAUAUUAUUUGUUAUGUAUUAUGUAUUAUAUUAUUUGGCUGAAUUGUGCUUCAUUUAUGUUGUUUAUAUAUACACAUACAUUGUCACCCUCUGUACGCAUAAAGCUUUGUUUUAUGUGUUGUUGACUUAUAUAUGUAUGUGUUUAUUGUGAUUGUUACUUUUAUUCAUUCUUUUACUCAUUUAUUCAUGUUUCCUGUUGUUGUCAGUAAAUAAAAUAUAAUUAUUUCAUUAA